GGAGAGAGAGCGAGAGAGAGAGAGAGAGAGACAGCCUCUCUCAGCUCUGCUCCCCAUUGUUUAAACCGGGAGGGAGAAAAUAACACUCCGCUCGUUCCGCCGCCGCAGCGAGACGCGCUCCUCUUCGUCCCCGCCGAUCCGAUGCCGCGUUCCCGCCGCUCUCAACGUUUUAUUCGUCGCCAACUUCUCCGAUUUCCACACUCAGGACUUGAGCUGCAUCAUGAGUAGUUCGGGGGCGCCCUUCAAUCGCAUACCUCUGGAAUGGUGGGGAUUACACGGCCGAGACCCGGAGAGCAUGUAAACGCAAAUGGAGUUUGGGAUUUAUUGCAAAACAAGGGAAAGAUGACCGUGUUCUCGCUGUGCCUGCUCCUGUGCGCAGACCUGCUGGAUCUAGCCGUCGGGUAUUUGACAGUCACCAUAGAGCCGCUGCCCCCCGUCGUCGUGGGCGAGACCGUCACCCUCAAGUGCAACUUCAAAACCGACGGACGGCUUCGAGAGAUUGUCUGGUACCGGGUCACAGAUGGGGGGACCAUCAAGCAGAAAAUCUUCACCUACGACGCUAUGUUUAACACCAAUUACUCUCACAUGGAGGACUACCGCCGGCGCGAGGACCUCGUCUACCAAUCAACCGUCCGGCUCCCGGAGGUGCGGAUCUUAGACAACGGACCCUACGAAUGCCACGUGGGCAUCUACGACCGGGCCACCAGGGAGAAGGUGGUCCUGGCCUCGGGCAAUGUGUUUCUCACGGUCAUGUCGCCUCCAAACAACAUAUCAGUGGUGGCAGAGAACACUCCGGCCCCGUUCAGUCGAUACCAGGCGCAGAAUUUCACCCUCCUCUGCACCGCGAAAGGAGGGAAACCAGCCCCGUCGGUGUACUUCAAGCGCGACGGCGAGCUGAUCGAGGUGAUCUCCUACACGCAGGCCUCCGGCGAGCAGGACGGCGGCUCGGCGGGCGUGAGGGGCGCCCGGCCGCUCAUCAGCAGGGACCUCGACGACACCAAGCUGCAGCGCUCGCUCUCCCUCAUGGACCCCGAGGGCCACGUGCCCCGCCAGUACACGGACAGCCCGCAGCGCGUCCACACCCAGGGGCAGCGGGCCCACGAGCCCAGCCCGGCGACCGAGGUCAUCCCCGAGACGGUGGUGAGCCGCGAGUUCCCCCGCUGGGUGCACAGCACCGACCCGCUCUACUACUUCAGCCACACCAGCGUGCCGCAGAGCGACGGCUCCGUGGUGGUGCAGGCCCGCCUCACCUGGACCCUCAACCCCCAGCUGGACAACGACGCGCUGUUCAGCUGCGAGGUCAAGCACCCGGCGCUGUCCAUGCCCAUGCAGACCGAGGUCACCCUAGCUGCUCCUAAGGGCCCUAAACUCUCCAUGUCCCCUACCAGAGCAAAGGUAGGGGACACGGUGCGCAUCACCGUGCAAGGAUUCCAGGUAGGAUCGCCUGGGAACGAGGUGUUCCCCGAGCCCCUCUUCACCUGGACGCGGGUGGGGGGCCGCCUGCUGGACGGCAGCACCGAGCGGGACGGGAAGGAGCUGGUUCUGGAGAGAGUGCCGGCCGAGCUCAACGGCUCCAUGUAUCGCUGCACGGCCCAGAAUCCUCUGGGUUCCACGGACACCCACACCCGCCUCAUCGUCUUCGAAAACCCGAGCAUGAUGAAAAACACGCAGAGUCAGAACAAUGGAGCUUCAUGCGUGGACAUCCCCGGACUAACGUGGAUGGCGCUUGUCCUCACAGUGACUGUGGAACUGACGUGAAACCUCUCAAGACACUUACACACAUACGUACCCUUAUUACACAACACACACACACACACACACACA